UACAUAGUCUCAAUCAUGCAAGCAUCGAGGUAUCUUGAAAGCACAUGGACCUGCUUGUACAUGCUGUGCCCUGCUAUAGCGAUGCCAUGCUGGCUGUUACUAUGCUUCAUGGUCUCUCAACGGCUUCUACCUUGAUCUUUCUCGCCGAUAUCACUCAAACAUUUGCAGAGACUUGCUUGCCGGAACCAAAGCUUCGAUGGAGAAGCAGUCUGUGCAAAUCUGUUCUUUGGGACCUCAACACAGACAACUACAAGACGUGUGGAACCAUGCAUCUUUCCUUGUACAAGUUGCUUACGACCUAGAAUGGGCUGCGAUGCAGUUUGAGCUGCUUGAAACGAAGGCGCCUGACCGGCCAACAAAGGCAGUCCUGUUGCUCAACAUUGGCAUCACAUACUCCCUUUGGGGAAGAUACGCACAUGCCGAGAAAGCUUUCCAGAGAGUCCUUCCAUUGCAUCCUUUUACAUCCCCACUGGCACACUUUCUGCUCGGUUUAGUGCGGUUCGAGCUCGGCCACUACGAGCAGGCGCAGAUCAGCUUCAUGCUUUGCGCAAAUGUUCUCCAGCAGACCGAUCGCAAUCGCGACUACAGACCCCUUGGGCUUGACUUUACUCUGUCCCACCAUUUGGUCGUAGAAAAUGAAGAGAUUGCUGCCUGCGAGUGGACGCUCAAACAGAAGGGAAGUCGGAGCCUGUUUCACGAGGGCUCGAGCCUCACAGACCUCUCAAUCAGCAAGCUCAAGUAGCGUCUACAGCGUGCAGUCGAGAGGUGUUUCAUCCAUCUUCAUCGUUCCCGACAUCCAGGCUACAUCGCCGGUUCAAGCCCCCAGACCUCGUACCCCACCUGUGAUCCCCUGGCGACCGUUGCACAAACCGAUGAUACCACGUGCAGCACAAACACAAAUUGAGCCAUCAAAUUUACGCU